CUCCCGCUUGAAGGACAUGGCGGCCCGCAGCGCUGCUCCGCCGUUGCCAUGGGGACCGCCCACCGCCCGCUUCCGGGUCUUCCGUCCCGUCGUGCCUCGCGAGGGAGCGGGGACCAAUGGGAAGCGCGGAGCCUCGGAGCCGCGAGGCACGACGGGAGUUGUAGUUUUCCGUCUGCCUUCCGCCGUGGGUCACGACGGGCGCGGGACUACAACUCCCAGCAGUCUCCGCGCCGGACCCGAGUGGGGCCGGGGCUGGGGAGCGGCGGGGCGCCCCGCUAUGGCGGGGGGCCGGGAGCACCGGGUGAGGCCCGGGGACACUCUGCCGGGACUGGCGCUGCGCUACGGCGUCACGAUGGAGCAGAUCAAACGCGCCAACCGCCUCUACACAUCGGACACCAUUUUCCUGAAGCCCACCCUCCUCAUCCCCCCCCCGGAGCCCCCCAAUGAGGAGCCCGUGGGGUCAGCGCCGUCGGACCCGGGGGACACGGACACCGCCACUGCCACCGCUUCCCCCCCCGCCGCCGCGCCGCCGCGCCACGACCUCACUGCCACCGAUUUCCUGCGGCGCCUCGACGCCGACAUCGGCCGCUCCAAAGCGGCGGCGGUGGCACAGCGGCUCCGCACCGGUGUCCCUGAGGCCGCCGUCCCGUGCCCCCGCCCGGGGCCGUCCCCGCGGGGUCCCCAGCUCGGUGCUCAGCCCCUGACCCGGACGCGGCGGGCGGCCGCGCU